GAGGAGGCUUCGCUCCUCCUCCUGCCCCGGACCUCGGGGGCUUCCUCUACACGGAGUGAGGCCUCUGCCCGUGGCAGCUCCGGCUCCUGCCCUCUGCCUCUCGGUGGGCUCCUCCCAGCCUCCACCCGCCCCUGCUUCAUUCCCACAGCUCUGGUCAUUACCGCCCUCAUUCUGGGCCGCCUGCCUGCUGUCCUGGGCCCCACAGAGGGAGCACCCGACGGAAGUCCCUCCACCCUGAUCCCACUUAACUCCCAUCUGAAGCGGCUGAGACCGGGGCCCUGCAGGAGGCCUUGAGUGACCACGGUCUGGCCAGGCAAGGGGCAGGAAUGCUGAGUGUCUUAGAUGAUGAGGGCAGCAACCUGAGGCAGCAGAAGCUUGACCGGCAGCGGGCCCUGCUGGAGCAGAAGCAGAAGAAGAAGCGCCAGGAGCCGCUGAUGGUGCAGGCCAAUGCCGACGGGCGGCCCCGAAGCCGGCGGGCCCGGCAGUCGGAGGAGCAGGCCCCCCUGGUAGAGUCCUACCUCAGCAGCAGUGGCAGCACCAGCUACCAAGUUCAAGAGGCCGACCCACUUGCCAGUGUGCAGCUGGGAGCUGCCCGCCCAACAGCACCAGCCUCAGCCAAGAGAAGCAAGGCAGCGGCCGCCGCAGGGGCCUCGAAGAAGGGGAAGAAGGGGAAGCACAAAGGCGCCGGCGGGCCAGCGGCUCUGGCAGAAGACGAGUCUGAGGCUCGAGGCCCAGUGCAGAUCCUGACUGUGGGCCGGUUGGACCACGCCCAGGACGCAGGGGAGACGGCAGCUGGUGGGGGCACACAGCCCAGCGGGCAGGACCUCCGUGCCGCGAUGCAGAGGAAGGGCAUCUCCAGUAGCAUGAGCUUUGAGGAGGAAGAGGAGGAUGAGGACGAAUACAGCUCCAGUUCCUCCCAGCUAAACAGCAAUACCCGCCCCAGCUCCGCCACUAGCAAGAAGUCCAUCAGGGAGGCAGCCUCAGCCCUCAGCCCAACAGCCCCAGAGCCCUCGGCAGAAGUUGAGGUCCAGGAUCUCGAGGAGUUUGCACAGAGACCAGCUCCCCAGGGCAUCACCAUCAAGUGCCGCAUCUCGAGGGACAAGAAGGGGAUGGACCGGGGGAUGUACCCCACCUACUUUCUGCACCUGGACCGAGAGGACGGGAAGAAGGUGUUCCUCCUGGCGGGAAGGAAAAGAAAGAAGAGUAAAACAUCCAAUUACCUCAUCUCUGUGGACCCUACAGACUUGUCUCGAGGCGGGGACAGCUACAUCGGGAAACUGCGAUCCAACCUCAUGGGCACUAAGUUCACCGUUUAUGACAAUGGAGUCAACCCCCAGAAGGCUUCCUCCUCUACGUUGGAAGGUGGGACCCUGCGUCAGGAGCUGGCCGCCGUGUGCUACGAGACUAACGUCUUAGGUUUUAAGGGGCCACGGAAGAUGACUGUGAUUGUCCCAGGCAUGAACAUGGUUCACGAGAGAGUCUGUAUCCGGCCCCGCAACGAGCACGAGACGCUGCUAGCACGCUGGCAGAAUAAGAACACGGAGAGUAUCAUUGAGCUACAAAACAAGACGCCUGUCUGGAACGAUGACACGCAGUCCUACGUACUCAACUUCCACGGGCGCGUCACGCAGGCCUCCGUGAAGAAUUUCCAGAUCAUCCAUGGCAACGACCCGGACUACAUCGUGAUGCAGUUCGGCCGCGUGGCAGAGGACGUGUUCACCAUGGACUACAACUACCCGCUGUGUGCGCUGCAGGCCUUCUCCAUCGCCCUGUCCAGCUUCGACAGCAAACUGGCCUGUGAAUAGAGGCCUCCUCACGUCCGUCGGGGUGGCCCAGCCCGGAGUGGGGCUGCCUGCCUGCCCUCUGUACAUAGGCCUCCUGCCAGAUGAACCUGUGGCUCUCGGUGGGCCCCCGGCCCAGCCAGCCAGGAACUGGCUCCUCUGCCCCCCUGUUGAGGCAGAGAAGUGGGGUGUGUGUAAAGGGCCCACAGUGAAUUCUUUCUGUGCCCCAGGAUCCACACACACACACCCAACCUUGGGUUAGCAUCCUGCUGCAGUCGUGUUUGCCAAGCUGCGAAGGCAGGAAGAGGUGUAGAGGGAGAGGAAGCACAAUGCCGGGCUGCUGUGGCCCAGCCACCCACUCAACCCAGGAGUCGAUGAGCACGGAUCCCGGCAGGGAGGGGCACAGUGAGUGUGUGUGGAAGGCAGUCACCGUCACACAGCAAAGGGCUUGGUAGCCGAGCCUGGCCCUUAACUGCAGGAAGCCCCCUGACUUCAGGCCUCAGCCAGGCCUGGGAGAGGCCAGCAGGUAGGGGAAGGGUCAGCGGCAGGACCCUGUCAGGGUUGCAGGGGCCUGGCUGUGGGAGCUGCCUGGUGGCCUCGGGUUCUAGCUCAUUUGGUUUCUCUAGGUUUUCUCUGUGCACAGAGGCAGCAGGAGGCCAGCCAUCAAGGCCAGCUGUCUUAGAGGAUGGCCUGCAGGACACAGGCUCAGCAUACGGGAGGUGCAUGGAACAGGCGUCCUGGACCAGGCUGUCCUGGGAGCCCUCAGCUACCCCAGCAGCUCUCUGCCCAGCAGCCUCGGUGCAGGAAACAUGGACGGGCCUAGGUCACCAGCCCCGGACUCCACACAGGUAGGCGUGCCCGGGCUGGGGCUGGUGAGCUGCAGGUGCUCUGCCUGGGCUUCAGCUCCUGCUGCAGUGAGUGGAGGUCGUGGCUGCUGAGGGCCGCACUGCGUGGUCCUCGGAAGGAUGGGGCAGCUGAGGAGGGCAGGGAGUACUGCAGAAUCACUAGACAUGAGAGGCGGCAGGACCCUUAGAGAUCAACUAGUACAACGGCCACCAUAGGCAAAUCACUCAACGUAUGGUACUUGCCUGGGGUCACCUGGCUGGUGAGUGGCAGGGUCAGAGCUUCAGCUCCCUGGAUUUCUGUGUUCCCAGCAUCCCCCCAGAAAACCAUUACCUAUGGCUUUCGGGCCUUCCCGGGGCCCAGUCCGAUGCCCUCGCCCCAGAUGAGAUGGUGUGCGUUCGGGGUGUUGCGGCUAUAGACUGAAGUGGAAACUAUCUCAGUAGAUUGGCAGUUCCCUGCUAAAAGCCGUCUGGCUUUUUGCCUGUCAGACUGAUCAGGACUGACCUGUGUCUGGCUCCCCCAGAGAGCAGGCCUAGCGAGGCUGCUCCCCAUUUCUGCACGUGGGUGUGAUGGGCGGUGCGUGUGCCGGGCGGGGGCCUGAUCUCCUCCUCCCCCAACAUCCUCUUCUGAGGACAUGGGAACGCCUCUUGCCUUUCUGUCCUUUUCCCUGGUUCACCCUGAUGGAGAGCAGGCGUCAGUGGGAAGCAGGCAGUUCCUCCCUUCAGAGUAGAUGUGCUUGGAAAGGCUGUGUAGAAACUGAUGCUUUGAAAACAUGUCAGCGAGGUCUGCCGUGAGGUGGAGGAGCUGUUCUGACCUGAGUGGAGGUAGUGCGCUCUCGCUUCCCUGAAGCACAGGUUUCCCGGGCAUACUGAGAGCCGGGUCAUCUGUCACAGCCGAUCGCCCACCCCCGGGGGUUUCCGAGAGGCCCCUCCAGGGGGACCAUUCUGAGGGCACUGCGGCUUUCUGUAGAGGGCCGGUCCACAUCCCAGGGAACCUUGCGGUGUCCUCCUCCUUCCCAUGGUCCCGUUCGGCUCUUCCUUUUCUGACCUGGGGAAGAGACCUGCUGCCAAUUGGGGUGAUGGAAACUAGAUGAUCUCUAAUGUCUGGUCACGCUGUUUCUCUGAAUGGGAUUUAAAGGCAGAACAGCUGGUGCUGUA